AUGCCUGUUAACGACUUAAAAGCUCCGUCUUUAUUUCCCAAUGGUGAUUAUCGUCUGGAUUUUGAAGUCAGUGCUUAUAAUGUACGACGUGCAGCUGGCGUUUUGGUGUCAAAUAUUUUGGUUGCUAAUAGCAUUAAAUGUAAUGAAUAUGAUAGAAGCUUUGCAGUAUUUGCUUACUGUUAUUUGAAACCAGUGAAUAGAACAACGAAGACACUUUCGUUACGUGUUAAACUUUUGAAGACCCCAGUUACCGAAGCGCACGCACAAUUUACUGUAUGGAAGAAAGCCAAUGGCUAUAAAUCUUUUGUAAUAAAUGUGACGUUAGAUAUUUGUAGGUAUUUUACAGGUAGGAGGAAUCUGAUUUUUGAUUGGUUUUACGAUAUCUGGAAGCAAAAUACGAAUAUUAACCACACUUGUCCUUACAAAGUACGAAUGACCGAUUUGCUUGUUGAAAACCUUUCGCUGUCAAAUUUUAAAACACUUUCUACAUUUCCCGAAGGACAAUAUCGGUUUGAUUUUGAUGUUGGAGCUUAUUGUGUACUUCGUGCGGGCGUGCAAAUAUUCGUAACCGUAAAUUAG